UUUUUUUUACCGGAAAAGGGGCGGAGACAGCUGUAACGUUAGCAACCACGCUGGGCAACAGGAACGGUUAUCGUUAAUGUGACUUGAUUGCCCUUUGAAAUACAUCUUUAAAUACACACUGAAUCUGUGCCUUAUACAUCAAGUACAAUUGGAUCUACCUGAGAAACGUCGUGUCUUUAUUUUUAUCGCGCAGCGAACCCCCUGCUCCCCUAAGGGCUAUAUGAAGCUGUGCAUGAGCCUUGUUUCCAUUUGAAGAGGAGAUGGGAAGGCGGCCUUCUCAAGAAGCAUGAUAAAUAGAAACCUCCAGUGGUUUCCUGUCAUCCCACUGUACAGGGCUUAUACGUCUUGUCGGGUAGCUGCCGAACUUCCUCUUUUCAUACACACUGAAAAAAGUACAGCAGGAGUCCAUCAUAAAGACCUGUGGGUGAGUGAUGCCGCCGGCCUCCAGCUGUGACUGCCCCCAUCUGGACUCUGUUGGGGAGAUCACCAAGGAGGAACUCAUUCAGAAAUCCCAUGGCCAGUGUCAAGACUGUAAAGUUGGAGGUCCAAAUUUGUGGGCGUGUUUGGAGAAUGGCUGUGCAUAUGUAGGCUGUGGAGAAUCUCACACUGACCACAGCACUGUGCACUCGCAGGAGACCAGGCACAACCUUACGGUGAACCUGACCACGCUUCGGGUGUGGUGCUACGCCUGCGGCAAGGAGGUUUUUCUGGAGCGGAAACUAGGUCCUCACUCGCCACAUGCCACCAGCAAACCCCUCCCGUCUCCACAGAAUGCUGGACAGGAUGACAGCAGGGCCCCUGGGAGCCCAACCUCUCUGAGAGUGCCCCCUAAUGGAGGCUGUGAAGACCUGGACAUGGAGACAGAGGAGGAGGAUGAACUGCGUGCCAGAGGUCUGACGGGGCUGAAGAACAUAGGCAACACGUGCUACAUGAACGCUGCCCUCCAGGCUCUGUCCAACUGCCCGCCCUUGACACAAUUCUUUCUGGAAUGUGGUGGCAUGGUGAGGACAGACAAGAAGCCCGCACUCUGCAGAAGCUACCAGAAACUAGUGUCAGACCUGUGGCACAAGAACAGACCCUCCUACGUGGUCCCAACCAACUUGUUUCAGGGGAUCAAAGCUAUAAACCCCAUGUUUAGAGGAUAUUCUCAGCAGGACUCUCAGGAGUUUCUGCGCUGCUUGAUGGAUCAACUUCACGAGGAGCUGAAGGAGACGCUGCCUGAGCCCUACGACCAGUCCAACGGCAUCACGGUGGAGGACGGCCGCGAGGAGGACAACCGCAGUCAGUCAGACAACGACUUCCAGUCAUGCGAAUCCUGCGGCAGCAGCGAGCGGGCCGAUAAUGAGGUGCAGGGCGGGAACGUGACGAUGGAAGACACCAACGAGGCUGAGAUGCUGAUUCCUGAGCAAGAUGAGAUCCAGGCCAACAGGGAAUGGCAGAAGGAAAAAAACAUGAUUAAUGACCUUUACCGUUCUGGAGUUAAUGGUGUCAUGGGUGGGAGCACUGGAGUGGACAUGGACAAAGAUGUUGACACCACCACUGAAACCACACCCAUUAUCAGCAGCCAGGGAGCCAUCAAGGUUCAAGGCAGAACAUCAGAUUCCUUCCCAGACAUCCAAAUGUCCAACUCUACAAGACCACAGAGUUUAGUCCCAAUGGAGGGACAUAUUCCCAAAAUGUCCAGCAGCCCACCCAAAGCUGCCUCAGGCUGGCCCAGCCUAAACCCUGCACAUAAGAAAGCAGUGACCACAUUCUCCCCACCAAAGAGCAAGCGUCAGAAGAAAUACCGCAGUGUCAUCUCAGAUGUGUUCGAUGGGACCAUUGUCAGCUCAGUUCAGUGCCUCACCUGUGAUCGGGUGUCCGUGACCCUGGAGAACUUCCAGGAUAUCUCGUUGCCUAUCCCAGGGAAGGAAGACCUGGCCAAGCUUCACUCCGCCACCCACCAGACCUCCCUGGUUAAAGCUGGCUCCUGUGGGGAAGCUUAUGCACCACAGGGCUGGAUUGCAUUUGUCAUGGAAUACAUCAAGAGUUGGUUCUGGGGUCCAGUGGUUACGCUACAAGAUUGUCUUGCAGCUUUCUUUGCCAGAGAUGAACUAAAGGGAGACAACAUGUACAGCUGUGAAAAAUGCAAGAAAUUACGAAACGGAGUCAAAUUUUGUAAAAUGCAAAGUUUGCCAGAGAUUCUGUGUGUCCACUUGAAGCGCUUCAGGCACGAACUGAUGUUCUCCACCAAAAUAAGCACCCACGUCUCCUUCCCGCUGGAGGGCCUGGACCUGCAGCCUUUCCUGGCCAAAGACAGCUCCGCCCAGACCACCAACUAUGACCUGCUGUCAGUCAUCUGUCACCACGGCACUGCCAGCAGUGGCCACUACAUAGCGUACUGCAGGAAUGAUGUGAACAAUCUGUGGUAUGAAUUUGAUGACCAAAGUGUGACUGAGGUGUCUGAAUCCUGUGUCCAGAAUGCUGAGGCCUAUGUCCUCUUCUAUAAAAAGAGCAGCGAGGAUGCACUGAAAGAGCGUAGGAGGGUGUCUGGUUUAUUCAACAUGAUGGAGCCCAGCCUUCUGCAGUUCUACAUCUCCCGCCAGUGGCUUAACAAGUUCAAGACCUUUGCUGAGCCGGGGCCCAUUUCCAAUGACGACUUCCUGUGUUUGCAUGGAGGUGUGCCCCCCAACAAAGCAACAUUCAUCGAUGACCUGGUUGUAAUGCUGCCGCAGAACGUGUGGGAUCACCUUUACAGCAGGUACGGAGGAGGCCCAGCUGUCAACCACCUGUAUGUUUGCCACACGUGCCAGAUUGAAAUAGAAAAACUGGAGAAACGGUGCAAAUCAGAGCUGGACAUGUUUGUCAGGCUGAACAAGGCGUUCCAGGAGGAGGAGUCUCCAGUGGUCAUAUACUGCAUCAGCAUGCAGUGGUUUCGUGAGUGGGAGGGCUUUGUCAAAGGAAAAGACAAUGAUCCACCGGGACCCAUUGAUAAUUCCAAGAUUACAGUAAACAAGAACGGCCAUUUAACACUCAAACAAGCAGGCGCUGACUCGGGGCAGAUCUCUGAAGAGACGUGGAACUUCCUCCACUCCAUCUACACCGGCGGUCCACUUGUGACGGUUCGGCCAAACAUCAGCCACCAGGAAGCAGAAACAUCACAGUCAGAGGAGAAGAUCGAGAUGGAGACACGCUCUAUUUAAUCAAGCACUCUGCAGAUAACAAUGUAAAACAUUUAAGAAAUGAAAAGCCUUUUAUUUUGCACUGACUUUUAUUUAAAAAGCAUUUGAGCAAAGGACCUCAUCUUUACCGCUACAUGACAGCCUUUGACUGCUGACAAGAGGGAAUUAACAUGUCUGAAAAGGUUUGUCAUGUUGUACAAAUCUGUAUAAAGAGCUCUAAAAUUUAUAUUAGCACUGUAGUAUUCAUGUCAGGUUGUUUUCAGAACCAAGCAUUUGAAUUACAUGCAGCUAAAAAAAUCCAGUGAAUGCCAUAUUCCUUUUUGUUUUUGAACAAAUGAGCACAUUGUAUCUCCAUGUGUCUUGUGUUGUUGAUAUUGAGGAAUCACAAUACAUCUUGCUGUAGAUAUAUCACACAUUUUUCCUGUUGUAAGAGAAUACUGUCCAAUGAAUGGUAAGAGAAGCAAAAUGUGACACUUAAAGUGAUGAAAAUCAUAAGGUUAUGAAGGGACUAAUUAGUGAGUAGUCUCAGGAAUUAAUUUUGUGUAUUGCACUGUUCUAUAGAUGUACAAAUUGGCAUGCUCUCGCAAAUGUCUGGUUUGUAUUUGAAUGUACCAGUACUGAUAGUAUAUUGGUCAAGAUUCAGCACUUGGUAACUUAUCACAGAAGGGAGUGAUUUAUAAUAUGAUGUUAAUAGCAUUUUUUGUAGAAAUAUGUGGCAGGCAGAGUCUGUUAAGAAUGCAUGCUUUAACACUCAUUUCCAGUUUAACAUGACAUGUAACUGCAUGUAAAUGCAAAGCUGCUCAUAAAAUGUGCACGCAAAUCAUGAUCUGGAUCUACCUUUACUAAAUUGUGCAGCUGCAGAAAGCAUAUUGCAGUAUGUAAUCAGCAUCAGCAGCAAUCUAGUUAAUUAAAGGCAUUAUUUUUGUGUAACGUUACAGGCAUGGUGUUGUUUAACGUGCUGGCUGAUAGGGGGUGGAACAGAAUGCUGUACUGUAAGGUUUUGCAUAUGGAUGUCACUUGAGUAAAAUCUAUCUUGAAUUUUGCUGGCUGACACUAUUAAAACUUGAUGAAAACAUG